GGUGACUCUUAAUUGUGUAACGUUCAUUGACGAGUCAGCACAAUGCUGCUGAGACCGCGGAGGCGCACUGAGCCGAGCAGAGCGAUGAAAUGCUCCCAUCGAGGAGAACACAGAUGGACAGCCUAGUUCAGCCGCUCGUCGCCCAGUACCUCGCCAUGGGAUGCCAAUCAAAAGAAAACAACCAAAACGAAAGUAUAACGUCGGAAGAAAAGGGAAAGGACGAUGCGAGAGUGACUCCAGGAUGCGGCUCCAGGUCUAGGGUUUCUCCUCCAGGCCGCCCUCACAGGUUCCACAAACCCAGCCCGCAUCCAACCCAAACCGCCCCCAGUAAAUCCAUGAUGUCCCUGGGUCCCCUCACCAAAGGGGGGAGCUGGGAGGAGCUCAUUCAGGCCUGUCUGCAGUCCUUCGACUCGAAUGGUUGCGUGUGUGGGAGCAGCCACCUGUUGAACAUCACCCUGACCAUGCAUCGUCUCCACCUCUCCUCCAGCGAUCUGCUAGACAAACUCAUCUCUCUAUUUAAAACAGCGCUGGACAAUGAGCAACCAGCAGAGUGCCAGAGGAUAUGCUACCUCAUCAGGCAUUGGAUCCAGGAAUUCUGGAUGAUGUUCCGGUUGCACCACAGCUUGUCAGACAGCCUGGACACGUUCCGGGAUCUGAUCCGAGAGCAGGGACAGGAGCAUCUUUGCUCUCUCCUAGAGACCAAAUGGAUAAAUGAACGGGACUGGUCAUGGAAGGCCAGCCAGAAGAUCAAAGCUAACAGCAGUAAAAAGAGGAAGGUCUCUCUUCUUUUUGAUCACCUGGAGCCCAUUGAGCUGGCUGAGCAUCUCACCUUUCUGGAGUUCAAGUCCUUCUGCAGAAUAUCAUUUGUAGACUACCAGAAUUACAUUCGAAGCUGCUGCAUGAAGGACAUCCCUGUGAUGGAGCGUUCCAUCGCCCUGUGUAAUGGUAUUUCUCAAUGGGUUCAGCUGAUGGUGCUGAGCAGGCCGACCGCUCAGCUGAGAGCUGAGGUUUUCACCAAGUUUAUCCAUGUGGCGCAGAGUCUACAUCUUAUGCACAAUUACAACACACUAAUGGCGGUGGUGGGAGGGCUUUGUCACAGCUCGAUCUCCAGACUGAAGGACACCACCUCACAUGUACCCAAUGAGGUCACCAAGGUACUGAACGAGAUGACAGACCUGCUGUCCUCUUGCAGAAACUAUGACAACUAUAGACAAGCUUACAACAAGUGCACAGGUUUUAAAAUCCCCAUCCUGGGCGUCCACCUCAAAGAUUUGAUUUCGGUCAACGAGGCCAUGUCAGACUAUGUGGAGGACAACAAGGUGAAUGUCCAGAAGCUCCAGGCACUCUACAACCACAUUAACGAGCUGAUCCAGCUCCAACAAAUCCCUCCCAAGCUGGAUGCUAACAAGGACCUGGUCCAUCUGUUGACGCUGUCCUUGGACCUUUACUACACUGAGGAUGAGAUCUAUGAACUGUCUUACGCCAGGGAACCCAAGAACUGUAAAGCACCUCCAGCCACCCCCUCUAGACCUCCAGUGGUUGUGGACUGGGCAUCAGGAGUGGCUCCCAAACCCGACCCCAGAACCAUCAGUAAACACGUACAGAGAAUGGUGGACUCCGUGUUUAAGAACUACGAUCACGACGAGAAUGGCUUCAUUUCUCAAGAGGAAUUUGAGAAAAUUGCUGCUAGCUUUCCGUUUUCCUUCUGUGUCAUGGACAAAGAGAAGGAAGGCCUUAUCAGCAGAGAUGAGAUCACAGCCUAUUUCAUGCGGGCCAGUGUCAUCUGCUCCAAACUGGGUCUUGGUUUUGUCCACAACUUCCAGGAGACCACUUACAUGAAACCCACGUUCUGUGACAACUGCUCAGGAUUCCUGUGGGGUGUCAUCAAGCAAGGCUACAGAUGCAAAGACUGUGGGAUGAACUGCCACAAGCUGUGCAAGGACCAGGUGGCGUUUGAGUGCAAGAAGAACGCCAAAAUGACCAACGCCAUCGACAGCCCGACACCGAGCUCCACGCCGGUUACCAUGGGUCCCUCAGAGGGUUCAGAAGACUGUCCUUUCCCCUACCCGCCACAUGACAGCAAAGACUGGAGUCCAGAGUCCCCAGUCACCAACUAUUUGAGGCCUCGGACAGUCCAUAGUGGCACCCAGACAGAGGGAACCCAACUUUCUGCUGCAGCCCCUGAGGCCAGCCUCCCUCAGCCCUCUCUGCUGGUCCCAACAACACCCACCCUCACCUCCUGUCCCAGCCCAGUGCCCCAGAGAAAACAGCGACACUGUGCCAAGUGGGAAAACAGAGCGUCUUUUGCGCAAAAGCCUAAAGAGCCAGAAGAGGAGAGCAAACCCACCUAUGAAUUUCUGGAAUCAGAAAACCAGAGGCUCCAAAAGGCCAAUGACACACUACGUAGGAAGCUGAAGGAGGCAGAGCGUGAGGUGGAGAUACUAAAGACACUGCUCAAGAGGCAUGCUCUCCAUCCUGUGGAGGAGGACUCCUCCUCCUAGACACGCACAUACACUGGACCUCCUCUAGGGAGACUGGUGCUGCCCCCCUAUGGCAGCAUGUAUAAAACUGGAUCCAAUGUUUAAUUUAUUGGUCAUGAGCAUUUCACCAGAAUUACCAGACCCAGACAAUUUGGCAUCACAUGAUAGGAAGUGGACAGUGCACAAAGCUUGUCAAGGGAUUUUAAUGCUAAUGGUACACAGUCAAUCAAAAGAGGACAAUCAGCAUGUCACCAGUAAUUGAAGUUAAAGGACAGCUUUGGUAUUUUUCAACCAGGAUGCUAUUUUUACACAUUUUUGUGUAGUGACUAAUGGAAACUUCUCCAGUAUUGAGAGAGACUGCUGCAGCAGCUGAACAGGCUGAAAUGUAAUCCCUACAGGCAACGGCCCACCGUCAAUUUACAUUCACUAAAAGAGUUUGUUUUUGCUUCUGACAGGCUCAGAUUGUUAUUAGAAGUGUCUGGCAGUAUUAAGGAAAAGACCCUAUCGUUCACCGGCCCGUUUCUUAUUGUGGGCCAGUCUAUUGUGGAGAAGUCUUGCCCUGAAACCCCACAGAGUACAGAAAGUGUAGCUUAGUGUUAUCUAGAAGAUUUUCAGUGUCAUGGCUGAAUAUUUCGUUGACUUCGACUAUGUGGAAACGUCCGUGACAUUUCAGAACAGGGCUUCUCCUUGAGCAAGACCUGGUCACACACACACACACACACACACACACACACACACACACACACACACACACACACACACACACACACACACACACACAAACACACACAAACACACACAAACAGAGCAAAAGAUAAGGGAAAACUUUUUCUGUGGGGUCUUUUACAUAAUGAUGUCAGAGACGUCCAAUAACGAUCUGAGCCUGUCAGUGGUAAAAACAAGCACUGUUAUUGGACGUAGAUUGACAAUGCAUUAUUGUCGGCAGGCAUUACAUUGCAGCCUGUGUCGCUGCUGUGGCUGCAGCAGUGUGGACCAGUUUAGAAAACUGUAGUCUCCAUUAGUCCCCCAGGCACAACAAUACGGUAAAGCAGGGUCCAGGUUCAAACAUAGCAAUCUUUCCCAUAAACUAUUUUGAGGUGUGCAUUUCUUUUAAACAAGCUACAGUACAUAGCACACACAAUACAGUAAAAACACUGUAGCGUUAUUUAUAAAGAAGUUUGAAGUGAACAGAGGGAGCUUUUAUACUGUAUUGUUCAGUUCACAGAAGAAUGAAAAUCAUUGCAAUGAGCAUUACUCACUUAUUUUAGUGAACCAUUAAGAGUGGCUGGAGUUAGAAUCAAGUUUCCUGUCAUAAAGAUAAAAACAUACUGAAUGAAGGAGGGCAGUAUUUAACAGUGUAAAUAGGGCAGAAUGUGUUUGAUCAAUUCUCGAUCAAUAAGAGACAAGCUAUUUAUGUUAAACAUAAAAUGGAAAUCAGAGGAAAUGCAGUUUAUUGUGUAAAUCACAGGUGCAUCAUUAUUAUUGUUAUUAUUAUUAUCAUUAUUAUUAUUAUUAUUAUUAUUAAGGAUGAGAGCCCACUGAGAAUGAAAGCUGGAGGCCUCACGUGUACAGUGCUGUUUUCGCUUUGCAUCAUUGUCCCUGUUCAUAUCAAUGCACACAAUGUCGUCAGUGCUUCUGUUAAUAUUUAUUGUCUCAAACACUACACAGUUCAUAGAGAGAGUGACAGAAAUUGACAUUUUGUACAGCAUACUGGUACUUUCAGUGAAUUAUUUAUGCUCUUGCGUGUUGGCGUCAUAUUGAUACUUUCUAUUUUCAUUGUGCAGCCAUGUCACGUUACUGUUGUGUGGUCCGUUGAAGUGGUGUUGUACUGUGGGUCGAGAUACGUGUGUUUGUAACGUGUGUAAUGUACUGUAAAUACAAAGUAUACACAG